AUGGUUCGUAUAGAAGUUGGGGCUAGAUUUACGAAUCUAGAGCAGAGAGAUAAAGAAAAGAGUGACCUUAUUGCUAAACUACAACAGAGUGAUAAAGAAAAAACCAACCUUAUCACUAAGCCCGAGCAGAAUGAUAAAGAUACUGUUGCUAGAGUUGCGAAAUUAGAACAGAAGCAAUUGCAAGACGAUGAAAAGAGUAAAUUAUAUGAUGAUACCAAGGAAAACAAUCAAUCUUUAGUUGAUGACACAUCUACCGAAACAGAAAGUUCAAACAAUACUCAUGGACAGAUAAACUUACAACGUGAUGAUACUCCUAUAUCUGAUGUGCCUGACAUUACUUCAAAUUCUGAUGAACUCAAUAAUGCUCCAAAUUCUGAUAAUUUUUCAGAAGAACCUAUUAGUCAAACACAAAGUACCAUUCCUUCCGAAAUAAAAAUUCCCUAUAAUCAGAAAGUAGAACAAGGUUUAAUACAUGAGUUAUUUGAAUUUAUUAGAGGCACCGAUUUCAUGUCCUUACAAAAUCUAAAGAAAACUCCAUUGAAUUCUAUCUUCAUUAAACAAAUUUCGGACAUUCCUGUUGAUAUAGAUCUAACUCCAGGUUCUGCACCUCCUUUAGCUCAUUUAUUUGGCAAGGCCGAGAAAACUGGACGAAAAGAAAAAUUGCGAUGGUAUUAUUAUAAGACAAUCACUAUAUCCACUCCCUCUAUUCAGACAUUACAUACCUCUAAUUCGAUUAAUGAGAUAAGUGGGGAAGUUAAAUCUUUAUCAGAGAGCGAGGACAAUAUACCUACUGAAUCACUAGAAUCUUUCAAUGAUAAUGAUGAUGAGAAUAAAAUAAAUGUAACAUUUUCUUAUGAUGAUGAGAAUAAAAUAAAUGUAACAUUUUCUUAUGAUGAUGAUGCUGAAAAGAAAAGUACAAUUCAUGAAGUAGUAUAUAAACACUUCUUUUUCCUGUCUUAUACUAAAUCAAAUGCAUGGUAUCAAGAUGUAUUUAAAUAUAUCAAUUCAAAAGCUAAAUGUCCGAUAUGCAAUAAAGUUCAUUCAAAAGCAGGCUUAUGCCAAUAUGCCAUUGAACAUGGAAUGAAUCUUGAGAGAUUUGCGGUCAUUACUGAGGCUGAGAAAAAAAGAUGUGAUAGAAAAUAUUUUU